AUGACUGACGACGGCACCUCGAUCACCGCCGGCCAACUGGGCGAUCUUCGCGUCGCCCAGCCGACCUUCCUCGCCGGAGUGCCCCUCAUUCUGGACCGAAUUCGCAAGUCUCUGGCCACCAAACUGGAAAGUCGGUCCAUCUUCUGGACGCAGCUUUUCAAGUACGCCUGUGCCUAUAAAAACUUCUGGUUAGGCCUAGGCUACGAUACGCCCAUAGUCAAUCGAUUGGUUUGCAAGCGAGUUCAGGCGCAGCUGGGCGGUCGGGUGGAGUUCAUGUUCUGUGGCGGAGCGCCGCUCAGUGCUGACACGCAAAAGAUCAUGAAGGCAUUUCUCAAUAUCAAAAUUAUGAUUGGAUAUGGCUCAACCGAAACUUGCGGCGCCGUACUGAUGACUGAUUUGAACGACAAUUCAGUGGGCCGUGUUGGUGGCCCGAUGUCUGGUCAGAAGGUUCGCCUGAUUGACUGGCUUGAAGGUGGCUACUCGGUGCAUGACAAGCCUAGACCACGCGGGGAGAUUGUCAUCGGCUCGGCUUCAAUUACCAAAGGAUACUACAGGCUGCCCGAGCAGACGGCAGAGACUUAUGAGGUGACGGAGGAUGGCACAAGGUGGGUGAAGAUGGGAGACAUUGGCGAAGUUUAUCCCAAUGGAACUUUUAAGAUUAUUGACCGGAGAAAGGAUCUAGUGAAGAUGCAAUAUGGUGAAUACGUGUCACUGGGAAAGAUUAUUGACCGGAGAAAGGAUCUGGUGAAGAUGCAAUAUGGUGAAUACGUGUCACUGGGAAAGGUGGAAGCAGAGUUGAAGAAUUUUAAAUACGCUGAAAACGUUUGCGUCUACGGCGAUUCUAUGAAGAUGUACACUGUGGUCUUCAUCUCACCGAGCAUUGCUGCCUUGC